AUGCCAUCAAAGAUGGUCACGAUUCCGAACAACAUUCCAAUCGGUGACACUCCCAUGCAUCUUCUGGACUAUGCCCAUUCACCACAUCUGACCGACAAUCUAACCGAACAUUUGAAGCGAGUGCUUAAGCUUCCCGUGCUUCCCCCGAGAUUCGCGACCGAGAAACUACGCAGUGCACUUGGAACGAGAUCACUGGCUUUGCCAAUGAUACCCAAAAAAACCAACGCGAUUGUUACCCUGCUUCAAACUGAUGACAUCCCACCGUUCCAUUUCAAUCCUAGCCAUGUCAAGGCCACCAUCGGUCCAACGGUCGUCAAUGCUUGGGACUACUCGAUUGUCACAGCACAGGUGGCUGGGCCUGUGGGCAUCCAUGACAUCGAAUUACGUGAAUUGUCCCCCGAUCAUGAUUUGACAUCAGCGGAAUCCGCCGGGCGAUACCAGCUCAUCGUUCAGCAGGAUUGGUACGCUGCUGCCCUUUUGGAAAGUUUCAAGCAGAAGAUGAGGAAGCACACUCCUGCCCUAACUGUUCCUGAGGCCCAACUGGUGGCGAAUACCCGAGUUAGUACUGUCAUUGCUCAUUUCAUUGAAACCCAUGUCUUGUGGCGACGUGCCACACAGACAUCCCAUGAUAAACAUUACUUGUUGCAAGAGCCGAUCGACAGCUCCCACAUGCCCACCGUGACUUCCACUACCUGCUUCGAACCACCUGAACACGAGGGCGCAAGCUCCAUGGUGGAUUUUUUGUACGCGUUCACUCACUUUACUUAUGAACAUCACGAUCGCCGCGCUCUGCUUUACGGAUUCCAAGCCUCUGGAAACACAAUAUAUGCAUCAAAUAUACUCGAUCGAGAUUACAGUUCCAUAUAUGCAGCUUUGAGGAUGAACAGCAAACCACCCCACAGUUCAUGUUCAGAAAAACUACCAAAGGCAAGGGGGGCUUUGAGGAUGAACAGCAACAAUGUAGCCAGAGUUAAUGCACCCAAAAAAUUCAAAGACCAAGCAAGCAAUCAUUUAUGA